AUGGACGCCCCCAUCUCCCUCUCCGUCGCCUCUGGUCACCACAUCUCCACCUUCUCCCUCACCCCCACCUCCCUCCUCGUCUCCCGCACCGGCGACAAGAAAUGGCCGCAGAUCGAGACCGACGUCUACAACGUCAUAUGGGCUGAGCUCACCGACAACAACGUCCUCGAGAUAUCCCUCCUUGCCCGCAAGAAGAAGUCCGCACCGCUCUCUUUCGUACAGAUCAACGUCAACCUCCACGACAAGGACAAGGUCGCCGCCAACGCUUUCACAGAUGCCCUCAUGAGCGCUGCAUACACCGGCGUCAAGCGUCAGAGGAGACUCAAGGUCUUGGUCAACCCCAAGAGUGGUCCCGGCAACGCCGUCCAACACUACAUCAAGCAAGUCGAGCCCAUCUUCCGCGCAGCCCGAUGUCUCAUCGACACCACAUUCACAACCCACGUCAAGCACGGGCUCGACAUCGCCAAGGAGCUCCCUCUAGACGACUUUGACGUCGUCGUCACCGUCUCAGGCGACGGGCUUGUGCACGAGGUGCUCAACGGCUUCGCCGCACACGCCGACCCCACUCGCGCCUUCCGCACCCCCCUCACCCCGGUCCCCAGUGGAUCCGGCAACGGGCUAGCCGUCAACCUUCUUGGUGUGCAGGAUGGAUACGACGUCGCCGCGGCCGCGCUGAACGCCGUCAAAGGCCUCCCCAUGAGCGUCGAUCUCUUCUCGGUGACCCAGAAGGACCGCCGCGUGUUCUCGUUCAUGUCCCAGGUCGUCGGCCUCCUCGCUGACCUUGACCUGCGCACCGAGCGCUUGCGGUUCAUGGGCUCAAACCGGUUCAUCCUUGGAUACCUGCACGGAGUGAUCGUCAAGCGCCGCUGUCCCGUGAAGCUCUCGAUCAAGGUCGCGGAGGCCGACAAGCACCGCAUGGUCCACAACCUGCAUAACUCCCGCUCCAAGACCACGCUGCGCUCCCCGCGCGCCGAGCCGCCGAGCCCGGACUCGGGCCCUGCGACCUCCAAGUCCCCGCUCCCGCCGAUGUCCCCGCUGCCCCCGCUGAGCCUGCCGUCUGCGACCUUGCCGGAGCUGCAGCACACGGACGCGGACGCGGACGGCUGGAUCGCGUUCGAUAAGCCGCUGGUGUACAUGUACGCCGGCAAGGGCCCGUACGUCUCCCGCGACCUUAUGCAGUUCCCCGUGUCCCUCCCCGACGACGGCCUCAUCGAUAUCGUCAUCCAGGAGAUGACGUCGCGCCGCGUGCUACUCCACGGGAUGGAGGUCGCGCACAAGGGCGAGCAGUACUGGUUGGAAUCGCAACGCUACCUGAAGGCGCAGGCGUACCGUGUGGAGCCGUACUCGAAGAAGGGCUGCCUUGCCGUUGACGGCGAGGCGUACCCGUUCGAGGCGUUCCAGGUGGAGGUGCACCAGGGCCUCGCGACGCUCCUCAGCCCGUGCGGGUUCUACAAGGUGGAAUUUGACUUUCCUGGGAAGAAGAAGGGCGCGCCAUAG